ACAUCAUGGUCAUGGUCAUGGAAAGUCUCUCAGCUUCUUUUCCCCGCACCUUGCAUUGUUAUCUAGCAAGAAAUCUUCGAACUAUUGUUAGAAACCGAAAGGAUGCUACGAGUAAUUUCUUCGUUGCCCAAACAAUGGUGGGUGAUCUCGGGCCACCUUCAGAUGGCUGAUCAGGCUUUUCUUUCUUCCCCUUCCAUGGCGUCACAGCCUUACCGAAGAAUGAAUGAAUGGUGGUCUCGCCAUCGCCGUCGUCAUCGUCAUCAACAUGCGAGCCAGAAACUGCAGGGAGGCGCGUCCCUACCCAGCCGUUCCUCGUUUUUUACUCCCACCCAUCUCCCACCACGCAACCCCGCCCCAAAUCCUCCCCCUCCACCCUCGCCCUCCCUCCCUCUCUCUCUCUCUCUCUCUCUCUCUCUCUCUCUGAGCCUUUCGACCCCCCACCUCGAUCUCUCUCGGCUAUUUCUCUCAUCCAUUUCCUGUUUAUCGAUUAUAUUAUCGCGAUCACUACGGUGUAUAAUCUCUAUAUAUGCGCUAAAUUAAAUCUAUUAGCAUACACAUUGUUUUAUUAGCUUCGUUGUUUAUCCUGUCGAAUGAUUUCAAUACUGACUUUCUCGACGAGUUUACUGAUACCGUCUCCUUUUCUUCUUUUUUAAUUGGGAUUUAUCGAUUCUUUUCUUUUCUAGGCAGAAUUGCAUAUUAAUCAGCUGAUUUGAAUUUUUCAUGGAUACUUGCGAAUUAUUUUCUAGAUGCAAGUUCGGUUCGAGAUGAUCCGAAGUCGGUAAUGUGUUUUUGAGAUGUGGAUUUCCCGCCACUUUUGGGUUUUAUGUUACCUCCAGAAACAGGAUUUCAGACAUUAUUUGGAGGAGCUCGAAGAAGAAAAGAGGGAUUUUAUCAAACUUUUACUUGAUAAUUGUGAACAGGCACAGAACCCUAGUUCCGUAACUCUAACCGGGGAUUUGAGGAAGCUCCGUUAAUUGACACGUAAUGACGCACAAGAGGUGGAUGCGUCCAUAUUAACUAGACAAUUCUUAAAAUACAAGCAGAUAUCCCUUUCUUCCAGAAGUGGAGAAGAACAAAGCUUCUGAUAUUUGAAUAAUUAUUUUUCGCAAAGUGAAGUGAAUUAAACUUGGAGAUAUCAUGUGGAUUUGAGAAUGAGAGGGCUAUAUGAAAUUUCGAAACAACAAAUGCAAAAUAUUUUGAUGCACUUAGCGAACUGCAUCAUCAGUAAAUACAAAAAGCCCGAGCAGGGCAGAAUUCUUUAUUACUAGGAGUGGUUGAUGCACAGAUGUUCAGCCAUUGAAGACUGUGAAGUUGGUUUGAGCCAGGCUGCAAAAGCUAUGACUGAAUUUGGAAGUUCUGCAUCUGAUACAGCUGAUGAUAUCUGGAAGUAGACAUUAGUUUGGAUAAUGUGAGGGUACUUAUUAAUCAUCAAUAUAGAUAUAGCCUGGAGCAAUGUAUAACAUGUGCGAGUAAUUGAUUCCUCUCCCUGUCGAGUGGUUAGGUACUAAUAUCCACCCUGUCAUGUAUAAGACUUGGUGGAGCAGUGUUUUAAUGUCAUUUGUUCAUGUGCUGAUUCCUUGGUGUAUGCCCCUGACCAAAAAUGUUGGUUGCUACUUGGUCCUGCAGUUUUAUGCAUGGAGGCAUGCUUGCCAUUUCCUGAUCUAGUGCUCUGUUGCUUUUACUAUGCUGUCUUUGACUGUGACUUGGAGCAUGGCACUGUUUCAACUGUUCCUUGUCUAUCCAUUCCCUAGAUCGCUUGCUUUCUGCUGUUCUUGUUGUGGUAGAAAGCUCCCUUUUUUUUUCUUUUGCUGAUAUGCAGGGUGCUUAGUGUUUGUGUUAUAAUUCUCACAGUGAGGAAUCGGGAUUAUUUUGUUGUGAAUGAAACUUUAGCUCAAAAGCAAAAAAGUGGCACUAGGAGUUAGGAUGAUAUAGGAGAUUAAAAUUCAAAACAGCAUUACCACUUACUGUUGGAAGUUGAGUUCUCGGGUGGGAAAUUCAGAAGGAAAAGAAGAUCAUGAAACCUACUUUUAAAAUGAAAAGGUCAGGUAAUAGUUGCAAGGCAUAGAUCUCAUCAUUUUAAUAUAUAACUAUUUUGAUUUUUUUUUUUCAAAUUUGAAAAUACUUCUGAAGGAAGUUCUUGAUGUAGAACUUUUUUCUUAUUCUCUUUUGCUAUGCCAAAAAACAGUAAUAGACACGGACAUGCAUUUCUGGAUUCAUGUUUGAUUACUGUAUUACUGUUGUUUGAAGUAUAGCUGAUAAUAUGUUCACUCAGUUUCUCCUUAGCCAAAGUACUAUAUUUGAAGGAUUUCCAUGACCAUAUAUGUAUGUAGAAUGAUUUUAUCUUAUGGUAUUUGCUGAACUAAGUCAUCAGAGAUUUACAGCGACCUGUUAAUCUGUUUUUUGCAAGCCCUAUGACCCAGGAGGACAAUGAUCAUACUUGAAAGCUUUGCGAUCAUCUCCUUAUAGAAAUUUUUGUUCGGUUACCGAUCUGUGAAUGGGGUCAGAUUUCAUCUUUCAGUAAGCGCUGAGCUGCUAUAUUUCGAGGAGAAUCUUUGUGGCAAACUGCUACUGUCAGGACCUGGCUUUCGGCUGAUCAGAGGAAACGAUGGCCCAAACCAAUUCCUCAAGGUGUGGGUAGGAGGUGAGUUCUCUGGGUAAGUCAAUUUCCUUUUGUUUAUUCUGGGGGAUAUUGCCAGAAAGUUCUACUUUGUUUUCAUUCUAGCAAACAUGGGAGAUAUUGCAAGAAAAUUUCAUUUUUGCCAAAAUGGGUCACUUUUUCUUUUUUCCUUUUGCAGAAAAUCCAUUUUGGACUUUAACAGGCCAUUGUGUGCGUAACAGUAGCUGAUACCAUUGCAAUCAAGAUGACAAAAUUGUGAAGGAGAUAUGCAGCCUUAUAUACCAGAUGAAUAUAUUGUUGCAUUGGAUGGUGAAAUUGGCAAACUUCUUGGCCAGAUUUACUUGUAUCUGAAAGAGCGGCUUGAGCUUUCAAUAAUGCUGCCUCCAUCUAGCAUACUUCAUGGAACCAUAAUUGGUUGGUUUUCUAUAUUUUUCAAAAUUUCUGCUACUAUGUCUCCUCGAUAAGGUAUUUAGCAAGUUUGGAUUUCAUGAUAUAUGCUGUUUUAGUCAUUUGCUGUAAUUAUGGAAAUAAGGGUGGCAAUGCUUAUUCCUUUUGUAUUUGGACAAAGAUAUUUGUAUACACAAAAGGGGUAAUUGAUCACUCAUAAUUCAGAGUUUUCUGCAGCAUGACCCAUAGGUUCUUUUUUAUUGCAUUAAAUGAGCAUUUUAAACCUUGGAAGUGCACUUGGAGAUUGUACUGAGAGGUUUUAUAUCAUUCUUUUUUUAAAAAAAAAAUGUUUGCUAAUUAGAUAUUAGGGGAAAAAUAAGACCCAGCCUAUGAUAUUAUAUCACCUAGAAGCAGGGAUCACUAAAUUAUAUGACAUUGAACCAGUUACUAUUUUGUGUUUUUCUUGCUUAUUCUCCAGAACACAUUAAACUUCAAUAGCAUGAAACGGUAGAAAGACAAUGCUGCUAUUGCACCUUCUUGUUGCCACUCAUUCAGAAUGUCUUAAAAAUAGCAUGUUUCCGUGAUAACAAUGUGAAAAUUCUGUUUGUUUUUGCUAUGUAUCUCCAGUGAUGCAUGUAGUUCUCAUUAAUCAGCGACCUCUUUUUUUGUUUUUUUUGCUUUUUUUUCUUCAAACGGAUCAAUUUGUUCCUUGUGGUAUGUCAAGGGACAAGGCUUACGAACUUGCUUGCCAGAUCUGGCUAGCGGUUAUCAACAAUUUGGAAGAAAAUGAGCUGACAUUUUUGCUGCUAAAGCUUCUUGCACAAGGAGAUAUGCCACGCCCCCUCCACAACGUAUGCAGCGGCAUUGCAGUGUCAGCUCGGGACAUUGGAGACGAGACGGAUCCCGUCAUUAAUCCUGAAAUGGAGGAGAGCUGGCAGGCCUCGGGAUGAUCGAAAGAUUGUACUAAACUACCUUUCCGCAUUUUGAGGUUGAUCUGCUUCACUAUCACAGAGUAUUUAUCUCGCCACCUCUUGACUGUCGUAGACUUCCUUUACACCUGCAAGAUGGCGCGUGACUAGAAGGAGGGCAGCCAUUUGUGGUGGUUCGAGGUCAAGAACAGUUUUAUUUUGAGAAAGCUGCAGGAAAGGAUUUGAAUGAGAGGAAAGCAAUUUUUCAGAAAAAUUUUCCAUCCAAAGUCUUCUUUGAGUAACUUCUAAAUUAAGCAAGGAACCAUAAAGGUGUUGCUUCCACUGAAGUUUGUUUUGUCACCUUUAUGCAUUCGAUGAUAAAUGCCACGGAGAAUCUUUCGUCUCCAUUCUUGCAGCAGUAGCUGUGUGCGAUUUUCUCCGAUCAAAGAUGUGUAUGAAACAGUACAAAAAGAUCCUAUGAAUUUGGUCGGAGAUCGGCACAUUUUGGCACGUAACGCUGGUUUCAGUUGAGGCCUGAAGGAUUCAUAGACAAUUUUGGAGAGAUGGGAUGUUAUACUUCAAGAUUGGAAGAUGAAGAAGCUGUCCAGCUCUGCAAGGAUAGAAGAAAUUUGAUGAAGCAGGCUGUUGAGCAGCGAAUCUGCUUUGCUUCUGCGCAUGUUGCUUACAUCCAGUCGCUGAAACGAGUCUCAUGUGCUCUUCGAAAUUAUGUUAAUGGAGAUGAACAUCAUGACUUCUUUGAUUCAUACACAACUCCUCCUUUCACACCUGUGAAAAGAUUGAGCCCAAAAAUCAUAGGCAUUCCAUUGAAGUCCUGUUGCCUGACACCAAACCAGUCAGACAAGAGCUCCAUUCAUGCGGCAAAAUUCUUGAGAUCACGUGGGAAUCCAUCGGUAGCAGUCGAGGAGUGGCCCGACUCUCCAGAAACUGUGAGAAUUGAUUCUUAUUACACUGCAGACCACAACGAAAUUGAUGGUUUUUUCGCUACACAGGCUUCACCAGUGAGAUCAUUCUUCUCUUCUUCUUAUGAUGGACCAAGCUACCCACCACCAUCACCUCAAAAUUCACAGUGGGACUUUUUUUGGAACCCUUUCUCAUCAAUGGAUACAUAUGGAUAUCCCUACAGUUGCAGCUUUGACCAGAUAGUAGGUGAUGAUGAGCAUGCAGGUUUAAGGCAGCUAAGGGAGGAAGAAGGCAUUCCAGAAUUGGAAGAACAAGGAAUAAGAGAAGAAGAGGAAGAAGAGGAAGAGGAAGAAAAAGAACUUAUGGAGGGAGAAAUAAACGAUGAGAGAUCUAAAGAUGACUCAAACCCUACUAGGGUGACAGUUAAAAGUGACGAUCCUCCUAAAGCCAACAUCAAAUCUAAUACAGUUCACAAAGUGAAGGAACUUCAGUCGAAGAGAGUGAAGAGUGUUAAAGUAUCAGAAGCACCCAAAGCUGUAAAACUCGAGGUGACUAGAGAGGAGGUGGAGGAAAAUAGAGCAGCUGCAGAAGAACAAACCCCUGGUUUUACGGUAUAUCUAAAUCGAAGACCAACGAGCAUGGCAGAGGUCAUGAAAGACAUUGAGAACCAGUUUGUGAGGAUUUGUGAUUCUGCUCAUGAGGUUUCAGUGAUGCUGGAAGCAAGCAGAGCCCAGUACUCUUCAAGUUCAAGGGAACUUGCUGUUAGAACAUUGAACCCAGUUUCCUUGUUUCGUUCUGCAUCAUCGUACUCAUCAUCUUCAAGGUUCGUUCAGGCUUCUUCCAGCUCAAGAAAUGAUGGCUAUGAAAGCAGCAGUGAUUACUCAAUGGAAACUUGUAUGAUAUCUGGAAGCCACCAGUCCACAUUGGAUAGGUUGUAUGCAUGGGAGAAGAAAUUAUAUGAUGAAGUGAAGGCUGGAGAGCGUAUAAGAAUAGCAUAUGAGAAGAAAUGCCUGCAACUAAGGAACCAAGAUGUGCAUGGGGAGGCGCCUUCUGCUGUUUAUAAGACAAGAGUAACAAUAAGAGAUCUUCAUACCCAGUUACAAGUUUCUAUACAUUCAGUUGAGUUGGUGUCAAAAAGAAUUGAAAUUUUAAGGGAUGAGGAGUUGCACCCACAGCUUAGGGAGUUGAUACAAGGGUUAGCGAGGAUGUGGAGGACGAUGGCGGAUUGCCACCGGAUCCAGAAGCGCACGAUAGAAGAGGCCAAGCUGCUCCUCCUCUCCUCCUCCUCCUCUGCCGCCGCUGCGAAGCCCUCGGAGGCGGCGAGAGCGGCCCGUUCAGCUGCCGCACUCGAGGCGGAGCUUCGGAACUGGAGGUCCUGCCUAGAGGCCUGGAUUGCGGCCCAGCGGGCCUACGCCCGCGCCCUCGCCGGCUGGGCCCUCCGGUGCGACGGGAGCGGCGGCGCGGAGGCUCGGUCGCCGCGGGGGGAGCGGCGAUCGUCGUCGGGCCGGGGGCCGCUGGCCUUCGGGGCGUGCGUGCAGUGGUCGCGGGUGCUGGAGUCGGUGAGCGAGGCGCAGGUGGUGGACGGCCUGGAUUUCUUCGCAGCGGGGAUGGGGUCGGUGAGCGGAGCGCAGCGGCGGAGCGGGGAGGGGGAGGGGGAGGGGGAGGUGGAGGUGGAGGUGGAGGGGGGGCCCUGGAUGACCCCGGAGAAGGUGGCGGAGGUCGCCAGGAGGGUGCUGUGCGCGGGGAUAUCGGUCGCCGUUAGCUCGCUGACGGAGUUCGCCGUUAGCUCCGCGGAGGGAUACGAGUCGCUGGUCAAGCGGUGCGGGGAGGGGAUGUAAUUUUGUUUUGGUGGCUUUUCUCAGCGGGUGGUCGUGAGGAUUGUAAUUAAUGAUUGCUGUGGCGGUGUUGUUUUAUUCUAUUUUCUUUUUCUUUUUUAAUUUGUGUCGAUUAGCGCUGUUUUGAGAUAUGUUUUUGGGAAUUUUUUGCAAUUGCAAUUUGGGAGUUUACGCUGCGCUUGGGGAGCUCGUCCUUCUCUGGAUUAAAAGCAGUACCAGCAUCUUUACGCCUAAUCAUUAUCUUUUUGAUACUAUUUUUUACCGGAAGCUUUUUGGACCCGUUUUGCCAAGAGAAAAGGACAGGAGAAAUUAUGAUCAAUUAAAAGAAAUGAAAGACAUGUUUCUUAUUUAGUUAAAAUUUUCAUAAA